CAACUGUUUUACGUCACGGGAAGGCGCCCUCUUCCGCUAGCCCUGCCGCCGGGUCCGCUGAGGUGGCCUGAGGAAAUUGGGCUUCCCCUCGCCAUGGCGGACAUGGAGGAGCUGUUCGGCAGCGAUGCUGACACCGAGCCGGAGCAAAAAGGUAACGGGGGAGGGGAGACACGGACGCCGGGGGGGGGGGCAUAUCGCAUUGUGUCACGCAUGCGCGGAAGGAGGCCUUGGCUUUUAACCUCUCCCCCCCCCCCCCGCCUUUUGAUUCCUUUGAAAUUCUCUCCUUGUUUUCUUGUUCGCGCCCAGAGCUCAGCCCCAAGCCCCGUUUUGGUACCAGAGUGCACGAGAGGCGGCCAUGCAGAACAAGAGUGCCUCUGAGCGUGAAUAAAGUGCCAUGCAGAAAAAGAGUUCCUCUGAACAUGAGCAAAGUGCCAUGCAGAAAAAGAGUUCCUCUGAACAUGAGCAAAGUGCCAUGCAGAAAAAGAGUUCCUCUGAACAUGAGCAUAGUGCCAUAUUCGCAACACAGCUGGGAUGAGGUGGGAGAAGGGGACUGGAUGCUUCCAAGUUGCUCAGGGCGGUGUGUUGUGGUUUGUUUCCCACCCCUGCCCCGUUUUUUAUUCUUGCAACUCUGUGAGGGAGGGCUAGGCUGACAGUGAGCGAUGGGUUGAAUCCCACCUGAGUGGCUCUUCCCCAGAUUUACCUGCAAUCAGAUUUCAGUUGUCCCCCCCCCCCCCUUUCCGCUGGGUCUGAAACAUCAAAACUCGCAAUAUGUGAAUGGGGCAAGUGCAAAGGAAGGCACGGUUUCUGUACCUUUGAACAGCUGCGUGACAACGGAGGGAACUUUUCUUUUGCUUUUGUCACAAGCUAUGGUUACUAUAAUCCAGUGUUUCUCAAACUUGGGUCCCCAACUGUUGUUGAGUUACAACUCCCAUCAUGCCUAGCUAGCAGGACCAAGGGUCAGGGCUGAUGGGAUUUGCAGUCCAGCAACAGCUGGGGACUGAAGUUUGAGAAACACUGCAAUCCUUAUUUGCUGCUGUUAAAGGUACAAUACAGUUGUACCUUGGAAGUCGAAUCCGUUUGACUCCCAAAACAGAAGCCAAAGCUCGGCUUCUGAUUGGCUGCAGGAAGCUCCUGCAGCCAAUUGGAAGCCACUUUGGACAUUAGGGUUCCAAAGACUGUUUGCAAACUGGAACACUCACUUCCAGGUUUGCGGCAAUCGGGAGCCAAAACAUCUGAGUACCAAGGCGUUCAGGAUCCAAGGUAUGACUGUAAUUUCCUUUUCAUCUGGUCACAAUGUUGUGGUCUCUGUCUGUUCAUUCGUCUCCAUCCCCCUUCUCACCCAUGCACAUCUAUUCUGAAAUUCUUCCUCAUUUUAGGUACCCUGCAAGAACAUCUUAAACAAUGCUGCUAGCGUAUAUUGUUUUACAUAGUGGUUUGCUGUGGGGUUUUUUCCUCGGAUCACAGGAGACUGGUGUACUCCAUGACGCACUUGUGGACCUUGAAUCAGGUUUUCUUAGAAACAGAUAUGUGUGUCUUCCUACUCUUUCAAAUCUGGUGCUGAAAAUCUUUGGCCAGACCCACCAUCUAUUAAACUAGAGGCCACUAUCAAACAAGGGAUUUUUACUGUGGUGAUCUCCAAGCUGUUCAGUACCUGGUUCUGUGCACUGGAUCUAAGGUCUUGGUGUCUUUUAAAGAAGAAAGAAAGAAGAAGAAAACAGGCAAGGGAGACCUUUUUUUAGACAGGCUGUUUAGGGUUCGAUGUGUGGUGGUUGUCAUAUUGGCAAGCAGAGUGGUGCAGUGCAAGAUAAAAAAUGUAAUCUCUGCCCAAAUGCAAAUAUCAUUAAGUCACCCGUCCUCUAACUGAUUCCCUACAGGUGUUUUGUACUACAACUAUUAUCAGCCCUCGCCAGCACCAAAAUGCUGUGGCCGUGUCGGUUGUUUUCGAGUCAGCCUAUAGCAUCCUCGUAAAUAAACCCACAAAAGUUACUAACCAAUACAGUAAUUGCCAGUUUACCUAUCUGUCGCAUUCUGAUGCCAGUCAUACGUGGCUUAAAAGCUGGGGGUAAGCCAGUUUGGAUAAUAUUUUACUUAUGUGGUCACCUGGUGGUGAUUCUUACUUUGCACAGAUGACCAGGAGAGCUGCUAUUUAUGGGCCAGUUCAUAGCAGUGUUUCUGAAACAAUGGCAUAAUGGGAUUAAAUAGCAGCGCCUUAAAUAUUGUUUUAUUUAUUUAUAAAAAUAUUUAUACACUAUACGGUAAAAAUAAAAAUACCCAAGUAGUUUACAGCAAUAAUACAUACAACAUACAAUAAAAAUCAUAUUAAAAAAGUUAAAAUGGACGUUAAUUAACCAUUGUGGAAAGAUGCAGUCUAAUUGCCUGUAUAGAGAAUUUAAAGUUGACAAUUUAAAAGUGACGCUCCAGCAGGUGAUCUUAGUGAUCAAGCUGGGAUAUAAGGGUUCAGGCUAUCCUGUUUUUACUUCAAUCUCCCAGGACAUUCUAUACAAGAUCUUAAAGUAGCUGUCUUACUGCAAAAGAAUUUUAGAAAUACACUUGAAAGAGAAGUUGCUGAAUUACAACUCAUUACCAAACUAAAAACUAUGGAGAGACCUGGUCUGAACAGAGAUAUUGGAUUCAUGUCCCAUUAUACAUGAUAAAGCUAAUUUUGGUCAUCUGUCCCUUUAAAAAUCCCUUGUUCUUCUCUAUGGAACCAACUGCCGUAACAGCCAUCAGCAGUUGUAAGGUUGAAGCGACCUCUGCUUCGGAGUAUCUGACAAAGUGUGUAUUACACAUGAAAGCUCAUACCUUGAAAGCUUAUAUUUAGUUGAUCUUAAAGGUGCCACUGGAAUUAUUAAAAAAAGAUUUUUUCAUCUUUCAUUUUGUUAUUUAUUAUGACUAUGACAGAUCAACACAGCUAUCCACCUGAACCUGUUUUUACUGUUUUGCCCAUUUUCAGUCAACAUUUGCUUUACUUCUGUAUAGUACUUCAGUCAGGAUUGUUCCUGGACUACUACUUAAUUAUGAUUUUUCACUGCUGUCAGUGUUUUCAGCAAAGUGACUAGUUCUUCAAAUUGCAUAUAUCUGAUGGAUUUGCUUCCUUCUGACUAGGUGAACAUAAAUACAGUGGUACCUCUGGUUACGUACUUAAUUCGUUCCGGAGGUCCGUUCUUAACCUGAAACUGUUCUUAACCUGAAGCACCACUUUAGCUAAUGGGGGCCUCCCGCUGCUGCCGCACUGCCACCGCGCGAUUUCUGUUCUCAUCCUGAAGCAAAGUUUUUAACCCGAGGUACUAUUUCUGGGUAGCAAAGUCUGUAACCUGAAGCGUAUGUAACCCGAGGUACCACUGUAAAAUGGUAUUGGUCAGUUGAUUUCUAUAUAUGUUAUCUGACCCUUUUCCUCUUGCUAACAUUGUCCUUUUAUGUUUGUUUGGUUUUCACAGAUUCUGAUUCUGGGUCAGAUUCAGACUCUGACCAGGAGCCUGUUGGCUCCAUCAGUAAUAUUUCUGGUAGUGAGAGUGACAGAGAUGACGACCGAGAGGCUUUGAAACCCAGUAACAAAGAAUUGUUUGGUGACGACAGCGAGGAUGAUGGCGCCUCUCACCACAGUGGCAGCGAUAACCGGUCUGAGCGAUCCUACAAUCGCUCGGAAGGCUCUGGGCAUUCUGAACAUGAGGAUAAUGACCAGUCAGAUAUGGACCAGCACAGUGGCUCAGAAGCUGCUCACGAGGAGGACGAGGAUGAAGAGGAUCACAGGUCAGAUGAAGGCAGCCACCACUCUGAGGCAGAAGGCUCUGACAAAGCACACUCUGAGGAUGAAAAGUGGGAAAGGGAAGACAGAAGUGAUCAGUCAGACGAUGAGGAGAAGCUCCAGAACUCGGAUGACGAAGAAAGGCCACAGCACUUGGAUGAUGAUGAGAAGAACUCGGACGACGAGGAGAGACCUCUGGCUUCUGAUGACAAAGAGAGGCUGCAGAACUCUGACGAGGAGAAAAUGCACAACUCGGAUGAUGACGAAGAGAGGUUGCAGGUUUCUGAUGAAGAGGAAAGACCCCAAAACUCUGAUGAGGAGAAUAUGCAGAACUCGGAUGAUGACUACGAAAGGCUGCAGCAUUCAGACGAGGAAAAGAUGCAGAACUCUGACGAAGAGAGGCCCCAGCAUUCCGAUGAUGAAGAGCGAAGGCUCUCGGAGGAUGAAGAAGAGCAUGAACAUAAAUCGGGUAUGGAAAAUUGAGGGUGCAAAUGUCUAGACACAGGGCUGGGGAAACCUUAGGUCUGGAGGACUCUUGGGCAAGAUUCUUUCUCAGCCUUCUACAUGCAAAGCAUGUGCUUUACCACUGAGCUUUGGCUUAGUACUCAUAUCUUGAAGGCUACGAUUACUCUUUUUCAUCCACCCCAAAUCAACAAGUCUAGCACCAUCCAUCUUUAGUUUGCAGAGCAGUUGUCCCUUUAGAAUAUCUCUUGGAAUUUGGGUUUAAUAGUUGCUCACACUUUUUUCCACUUACCUUUUUAUAAAAAAUUUAAACUCCCCCAAAAUUUCAGGAUGGGUUGUAAUGUUUUGGGGGGUUUGUUUGUUUUUCACUGUGAACCUUUGAUAGCAGUAAGGCUGAAAAAUUUGCUGAAUGCCUACCCAGGGAGCUUCAAGGCCAAGUAGGGAUUUGAGUAUCUUCCAUUUAUAUAUGCCCACUGCAUUGCUCGGUCAUUUUUAUUUUAGCACCCGUGUGGUUUCAUCAACAGUACUGGUACGAAUGCCAUUCUUCAAAGUGACAUUUCUCCGCUGUGUUUUAUUCAGGGUGUCUGGAUUGUGUAAUAUAUAAUAAUAUAUUAAUGGAAAUACAUUAAUGGAAAUAUAUACAGUAUAAUAAUAGAAAGUUAUGAGGGGGCUUCAAGAUUGAUAUUUGCUCUUGCAGAAUCGGCAAGAGGCAGUGACAGUGAUGAAGAAGUCAUGCAAACGAAGCGUAAGAAACAAAUUGCAUCAGAUUCUGAAAUGGAUAGUGAUGUGGAAGGACAAAAAGGUAAGCAGCCCCUCUUCCUGUCAUUUGGGAGUAAAAAAACCAAAAACCAAAACUCAUCUGAGCAGUUUGCAGUGCCAAGCUCCCCUUCACAUCCUCCACUGCAAUAGAUCAAAAGUUGUCACCGCAACAGUUUAUUUAAGCAACUGUUUAACAACAAAUCUACAUGUUUGAUUAUUUUCACGGUAGCUCUGACUUCAGUAUUUUGGGUCAUCUCUUGUCACUUGCUUUAGAGCAGGGAUGUAGAACCUGUAGACCUCCAGAUACUGUUGGACUCCCAUCACCCCCCAGCCAGCAGGCCAGUGGCCAGGGAUUAAGGGGGUUUUAGCCCCAACAGCAGCUGGAAGUCCACAUUUCCCCUGUCCCUGUUUUAUAGGGUUCAAAGGAGGUCAAGUGCUUCAGUGGGAAAGUUCCUAUAAACCAGGAUUGGCUCCAUGUUGCUCCAUGGACUGGAUCUGGCACCUGAGACAAUUUCAUCUGGUCUAGAGCUACCUAAUACUUACUUAUUCCCCCCCCCCCAAAAAAAAUACUAUUAUUUACAGAUUUUUUUUCACCCUUCAUCAUAAGGUCCCAGAGUGGGUUACAACAAAAUAAAUGUACAUUGUUAGAAUGAGUUAAAACAGUUUACACUGGCUUUCAUUACACUUGCAAGUUAUAACACUACAGAAAUACAAAAUUAAAAUUGGGUAUAAAAAUUUAGAAUUACAAUAUUAAAACCAAGUUGAGCAAUUUGCAAUAAUCCAACCCCAGGUACCUAGUGUUAACAAUGUUUGGCUCCCUCUCCUGGAAACCAAUUUUAGUAUCUGUGCUGCCAAAGUGAGCACCCUCUCCUGGUAUCCUUCUGUGGUGCAUAUAAUUUUCUAGGUCUCAUUGUAAGAGCAGUUUAGGAGAUCAGGUCAAUUUUUGCCAGACCAGUUCAGAAUGGACCACCCUUAAGUUUCAAAAGAAAAUCCCCAGUAGAUGCUUCAGGCAUCUGAAGCACGCCACUAAAUACCUGGAAGGGUUUACGUCAUUGAUAAGCAAGGGCGGGAGUUUUUUUAGAAAUAAAACAAGGGCAAGGCAUACAGAGCAAAGUCUCAAAACCAAAAGAUACAUACCUGCUACCGAAAUGACAAAGAUUAUUGUGGCACCUUAAAGACUAAGAAGCAAGAAACUUGCUUCCGGUCUAGCUACACGUUCCUUAUCACUAAAGUCAUUUAAAGCAACGUUCUUUAACCUUGGGUCCCCAUUUGACUACAACUUCCAUCAUGCCCUCUCCAUUGACCACACUGGCUGAUAACGAUGGGUCUUGCGCAGGAACAGGUGGGGACCCCCAAGGUGGAAUAACUCUCAUUUAAAGGACAGGUCAUCUUUAUGACCGGGUGGGCAGGCUUAGCUGAGAUCACCUAGUUUCGCUCUCACUCCCUCUCUGACACUCUCUCGGUUUCUGUGACUCUUUGCCCCGGAGAUCUAACUGUCUUCUCCCAACUGACAAAGUUCCAACUGCCAGAGAACUGGCUUCUUUAGAUGCACACCUCACGUCCAUCUGCCAAGUCUACCUGAUAACUUUGUUACACCUUCCCACAGGCCAGUUGUAGGAAGAAGGUUUCUGUGUAGGGCAAAGGAGUCCAGCUGGAGCAGGAGGCUCUGAGAAAGUCUUUGCCUGCCUCCCUCUCUCCAGGUAUGCUGGAGGGCAAACUUGGUAGUUAGUUUUUUGUUUCUUUAAAAUGCUUUGUUUUUGUUUGUUAGGAAGGGAUAAACAAGGAUGUAAGGCACUUUGGGCCACCUUGUAAGAAAAGUGACUUUAACACAUAUGAUAAAGAAAUAACAAUUUAAUAAUGAAUGGUUUACAUGAAAUAAUAUAAAACUUUACAUGAAAUAAUAUAAAACUUUACAUGAAAUAAUAUAAAAUACUCAUAAGAAAAUGCCAAUAAAACCAAGAGAUUUUAAAAAGAAGUCAAUGUAAUAAAAUUAUCAAAAUAUUAAGAUUAAAAAGAGGGGAAUGCUUGAUUUCCCAACCCUUUUAAAUAAAUCCUCACAACAGCCCUGUCUGAGAGGAGAAAAGAAUCAGAAUUAGAAGAAUCUUUAUUUGCAUCAGCCAGAAGCCGUAGCAAGAAAGUAAAAUGUGCUGAAGAUAGAGGUAAAAACUUAACUAUAGAAAAUACAUUUUGAGGGCUUACAUCAAUAAUUAAAUAAUAGAUCUUUUCUAAUUGCCCCCGCUAAAAACCUUGCACUUUUUGCUGUCACCUGAUCACCUUGAUCUGCUAAAAGAAAGGACACAGUAGGAAUGGUUGAGCAACCCGGCAUGGACAGUAAUAAAGGGGUCAUAGCCUCAGUCCUCAAAUCUUUAUAAAGAGUGCAAGCCAGACACACACACUGACUCAAUACUGCCAUCUCCAUAGGGACAUAACCAUUUUUCCAGUGGGAUUUUUUGAAAUCGACCCUCAAGUACAGCCGAAGGCAGUAUAUUCAAUCUUGCAAAAGUGAAAGCUUGUCUGUAUUUUGGAAUUGUCAAAUUUUGCAUAUAGGGUGUGCCAAAGUGUCAAAAUGACUAGGUGGAAAAUAGUCAUACCAAGCCUCAUAAGCUUUAUGGCUGGCUAGGAGUUCGAAUGUCAUUCUCCGCUUGCCACCCUCUCGGGCCGCAUCCUGAGCCAUCCAUUUAAAGCACUAUUGUGCCACUUUAACCGUCAUGACUUCCCACAAAGUAUCCCAGGAACUGCAAAUUGUCAAAGGUUCUGAGAAUUGUCAGGAGACCCCCAUUCCGCUCACAGAGCUGCAAUUUGCAGAGUGGUUUAACAACCAAUCUCUCGUCACAGGGAAUGCCAGGUAUAAACCAGCCCUCUACAUUCAACGAAGAAUCUGAAGAAGUGUGCAUGCACAUGAAAGCUCAUACCAAGAACAAACUUAGUUGGUCUCUAAGGUGCUACUGGACAAUUUUAUUUUAUUUUUAAUAUAUAUAUUUAUGCCCCUUGUAGAGUAUAUUUUCUAUAAAUAAGGUGUCUCUUAAAAACAAAGCCAGUCCUUCCCCACCUCCAGUUUCCAACCUUCUAAGUAUGAUUUCUGUUUCUUAUUUUCUGGGCAAGGUAAUAAAGAUGCAAUGGAUCUGUUUGGAGGAGCAGAUGACAUAUCUUCGGGGAGCGAUGGGGAAGACAAGCCCCCAACUCCAGGGCAACCUAUUGUAAGUACCUUUGUUGGUCCUGCUUUUGCAUCUGUGUUGGAUUUAACCUGACAACUUGACCACUAAUAUUUUAAUGCUUACAUGUAUGUUAAGAUUUGUAUUCUCAAAUUGCAUUAUGAAAAAGUGGGAUAAUGAUUUGUGAUCCUUUUAGAAGGGGUUGCAGAUAAGUGUAUUCCAUUCGGGACUUUUGAAAGUUGAAGGUCUCUUUCCCCCCUCUCUCCUGAUGCCAGGAUUGGGGAACUUUAGGUCCUCUGGAAGUUCCUGAACUACAACUCCCAUCAGCCCCAGCAAGCAUGGUCAGCGGCUGGAUAUGAUGGGAGUUGUGGUUCAGCAACAUCUGAAGGGCCAAAAGUUCCCCACGCUUGCCUUAUGCUGAUGUCCUGAGCAGGCAUAAUGUUGAUAAAAUGUAUGUUCUCUGUAUGGUUAAAUCACACAUAUGCAUAAAUGGAAGAGAUGGAAUUAUAUUUAUAUUUACAUUUCCUAAUUGAUUUUCUCUCCCCUCCCCACUGAAUAGGACGAGAAUGGAUUGAACGAGGAUCAACAGGAGGAGGAACCUAUUCCUGAAACGCGGAUAGAAGUCGAAAUUCCUAAAGUCAACACAGACUUGGGAAAUGACUUAUAUUUUGUGAAGCUUCCCAACUUCCUCAGUGUGGAGCCCAGGUAAAAGUCACAGGCUCAGUCUGAGAAACAAGUGUUCCAGGGUCUUAAAAAACAAAAACAGAAAACCAAUCUGUAGUGCUAUCCACAGAUGAGUUGCAACUACAGUGGUACCUCGGGUUACAUACGCUUCAGGUUACAUACGCUUCAGGUUACAGACUCCGCUAACCCAGAAAUAGCACUUUAGGUUAAGAACUUUGCUUCAGGAUGAGAACAGAAAUUGUGCUCCGGUGGCAUGGCGGCAGUAGGAGGCCCCAUUAGCUAAAGUGGUGCUUCAGCUUAAGAACAGUUUCAGGUUAAGAAUGGACCUCCAGAACGAAUUAAGUACUUAACCCGAGGUACCACUGUAUGUAAAAAAACACAAGUCCUCCCCCCCCCUUUAGUCAGGAAACAUUCGUAAAUAGGUUUUUUACAAAAAAUAAUAAUGCUAACACGUUAAUUCUGUGUUUGGUUUUAUUAUAAACCAUCUUUAUUAUAAGGAAGAAAGGGAGAAUAUAAGCAUUUUAAAUAAACAGAAUUGUACUAGGGAAACUCAGGUGUGACUUUGAAACCCUCUGUCUUGGUAGAAGAUAGUAAUUGAGGGUUGUAUUUAAUGUAGUGCGAAGUGAAAGUCACUUAGCAGUGCACUUGUUCCACUGGCGAAAUGUUUUGCACCAGAAGAAGGUUGUUGCACAAUAGAAUGCACAAGCAAGCUGCUUGUGAUGUUGUUGUACAAUGUGCAAACCUUAAGGACAUAGGAAGCUGCGUUAUACUGAGUCACACCUUGGUCCACCUAGAUCAGCACUGUUUACACUGGCUGGCAGUGGCUCUCCAGGGUGUCCCGUGUGUGUUGCUGCCAACCCAAGUUGGAGAUGCCAGGGACUGAACUUGGAACCUUCUGCAUGCAAGGCAGAUGUUCUACAGCCCUUCUCCAAUAUUCAUUCGCCUUCUCUGUUCUCUCUCCCACCCCCUACCAUGUGUACAAAGGAACUGCGGCCACAAACCCAUAAUUGGGUUUUUGUGUGAGAAUUCCAGUCCUGGUACCAAAUUGUUUUGCAAGGAAAGGAUGACAUCCAUGGUAACCCAUAUUCCGGUUUAUUGCAGGCCUUUUGAUCCACAGUAUUAUGAGGAUGAAUUUGAAGAUGAGGAGAUGCUGGAUGAAGAAGGUAGAACAAGGUUAAAACUGAAGGUACCGUAUACCUUAAAUUCUGCUUCCACACAACAUGCAAACUUGACAUCUUUCCGCAGGGCCUGCAAGACGGAGCUGUUCCGCCUGGCCUUUGGUUUGGACUCAGUCUGACCCUUAUGUUUCCUUCCCCUUAUGGUUUUGAUUUAUCGGCUACUUUUAAAAUGAGGCUGCGUUUUAAAUUGCAUUUUAACCUGUAUUUUAAAUUGGUCCCCCCCCCAUUAUGUUUUUACUGUGAUUUUAUUGGUGUUAGCCGCCCUGAGCCCAGCUUUGGCUGGGGAGGGUGGGGUAUAAAUAAAAUUUAUUAUUAUUAUUAUUAUUAUUAUUAUUAUUAUUAAACACUCCUUGCUCUGUCUUGGAACACAAUUCUGUCAAGCCUCGUGCUUUGGAUUAGGGUUGGGGAACCAGCCGUUGUUGGACUCCCAUCUCCCUUGAACCCCAGUCUGAAUGGCCAAUGGUCAGGGAUGGUGAGCGCUGUGGUCCAGCUGAAUUGGGAGGGCCAGCGGUUCCCCAUCCCUUCUUUAGACAUUGAGAGCUUGUGUAGCAUAGUUCUGAGAGAUGUAGCAGUGCACCAAGAAGUCAGCUCAAAUCCACUGUUGCGGUGAAGUCCCAUCAAACCCUAAAGUUGGAAGGGGAAGCUUUUAAGUAAUCUAUUCCAACCCCUGCUCAAUGCAGGAAACCCACAACUUGAGCAUUUCCAACAGGCAGCUGCCCAGACUCUUCUCGAAGAGGCCAGGCAAUUGGUUUCAUGGUCCAACUCCUGUUUCCAUCAAGAGGUUUCUCAUAACGUUCAGCUGAAAGGUACCCUACUGUAACUGAUGCCCAUUAGAUUAAAUGGGCUUAAGUUACAGGAGGGUUCAGAUGAAGCUGAGCAUUGCAAGAAACUUCUUCCCAGGAAGAGCAGCGAGUAGGUGGCCCUAAGCAAGCCUUCUCCACCCACCCCAGCCAAUUGUGGGUCCCCAUCUGCAACAGGGGGACAAGAAUACUGACCCACCUUACAACGCCAUUGUUAGGAAAACAUCCAUCGCUCUGGGAAGUGAUUUGUAAAUGAAAUAAAUAAAUGAUGAUGACCACGCUAACUUAUGUGAAGUUCUUGAAAGUGAUCAAAUUACUAUUUAAACACAAAAUAUGACAUUCUAUGGAACAUCAAUAGGGCUGACUAGAGCACCACCAUAGUAUAUGCACGAUAACCUUCUCUGUGCCAGUUAGAGCACCUGGGGUUUCUUCCUUGGUUUUUGUUUAUUUAUAUCUCCGUCAAUGUACAAUGGUACCUUGGUUCCCAAACGGCUUAGUUGUUGAACAAAUCGGCUCCCGAACACAACAAACCCAGCAGUAAGUGUUCCAGUUUAAUGGAAUUUUUCGGAAGCUGAACAUCCGACACGGCUUCCAUGGCUUCCAAUUGAGUGCACAAAGCUCCUGCAGCCAAUCAGAAGCCGCGUCUUCGUUUUUGAACUGUGUUGGAAGUCCCAGAACGGAUUAAGUUCGGAAACCAAGGUACCAGUGUACAUGGAUUAUUACUUUUCAGCAUAACAGGGAGGGAGAUAGGUUCCUUCCUGAAGGAGCUUACUUUCUAAAAUGGGGCACAUGGGAAGCAACAGUGGGAGUGGAGAGGAAUGGAGAGGAGAGAAAGUUAAUUUCAGGUUUGCAUGCAUGUUAUAUGUGAGGACUAACAUGUUACGCUAAAGUUUCAGCAGAAAAGGUCUGAGCUUGCAGUGGUGGCCUCUCCUCCCCGCCCCCCUGCUGAAUCCCUCAUGGUACACUGAGCUGUCUUUCUGCUCAUUGAUUCACAAUACUAAUACAUUAAGCCAGUUAAUAUUUAAACAUGAAUUCAGCAAUUCAGAAUACCAGCGUAUGACAUUCCCACCAGCAUUAUUCCCCCACUCCCCACACUCUAUUUCUUGCAAGCGUUGUGACAUUUCUCUCAAGAAAUACCUCCUGCAACUUUGUGUCCCCACAGGUGGAGAACACGAUACGCUGGCGAACUCGCCGAGAUGAAGAAGGGAGCGAGGUUCGAGAAAGCAAUGCACGGAUAGUCAAAUGGUCUGAUGGGAGGUCAGUUUGUGCCUGAUCCCGCUUGACCCAUGCUUCUGAACCGUAGAAGGAAACAUGUUGUGUAGCAUAGAGUUCUAUCUCGGGUCUCGUUCACCCAGUUAUUAUUAUUGUUCUGUUUUCUGAGUUGAGUGAAAGAGGGCACACAUCCAUGAAGGAGCUGAGUCUUCCUGCAAGGAAUCAUGCGGCCAGCUUUUAAGCAAUUCAGUUCCUUACCUGGGACAGAGCUCUGCCCUAUCCCUUCAUUCAGCCUCAUUGCAUCUCACCUUUCUGGACGCCUUUCAUUUUAUUUAUUUAAAUAUCUAUAUACCGCUGUUUGUACUGCUGCUGCUUUUGUUGCUAUGAUCCAGGCUGAAUGAGCUGCCCCACUAAAGGUCAGAAAAGCUACCAAGGUAGCUCAAAAUAACUAAUGCCUCCCACCCUCUUUGGAACAGAGAAGGUUCCAGUGGUAGACACCUUGGUGGAAGUGCUGCUCAAUGGCCGAUGUCGCUACCCAUAUAAAAACUCACAGGGAGAGGAAAGUGCAAGGUGCCGUCAGUGAAGCUUAAGAAGCCCAUAUCCCUCUCCUUUGCUAUUUCCAAUUUUGUUAGGGCAUCCGUGUUAUGGCAGGAGGGCCUGGAGGCAGUAGGCAAGAAUACAUAGAAAAACAUAUCCAUACAGCACGUUAAAGAAAGCUGACAAUAAACACGAUAAAAGACAGGCUAGGAACAGAACCAAGGAGAGCAUAAUUAUAGAUUGGGAGAAUUAGCAAGUUUCACACAGGCAUUGACAAAUUCUGUAACACCUGUAAAAAAAUAAUAAUCCAUGAUGUAAGGAGUCGUCAGAAUUUUGUGGGAUAACUUUCUUCACUGCUCUGUAAACAGAUAAUAACAUCCUAUAUCUAGUUCACUUGUAUCAACUGGGCGCCUUCCAUUAAACAGAAAAAUAACUCAAAGGCUGCUGCUGCAAUAAGGCUUCCUGCCUAAGUAAAACGGGAGCAAGGAAAGGAGACUGGAGAAAGAGGAUAAAGCUGAGACAGAAUGGCAGAGUGCACGAUAUGGGCAUCACGGGCCUGUAAAUACAUCAGUAGAAGUAUUCAGUUGGCUUAAUGUACUUGUAUGAGCAAAGCAAAUAAGGCUCUUGGCUUGUGUGCUGAUCGAAGCUAUCCUCCUUCCUUUUGAAGCAUGUCACUACAUUUGGGGAAUGAAGUUUUCGAUGUGUACAAAGCACCAUUGCAGGGGGAUCACAACCAUCUCUUCAUCAGGCAAGGAACAGGUCUUCAGGGGCAAGCUGUGUUCAAAACAAAGCUAACCUUCAGGUAAGCAUGUGGAUCCCAUUGAGUUGAAAAUAUUUACAUGUAAUCGCAUCACAGUGAAUGUGAAAGAGGAUACAAGGUGGUUUGCCUAAUUAUUUCCAAGGGGGGUAGCCAUGUUGAAACAAGAACAUUGAAACUUGCCUCAUCUACAGGCAUUAAUUAACUGAUCAGCGUCAGGAUGUUUAGAUUAUUUUCAUCAGUGCUGCUGUGGUCACUGAUGAUUUUACAUACCUUUUUAACUUUAACAUAAUGCUCAGAAUCUACUUCUAUGCCCUCUUAAUUUCACUUCUUACAAUUCCCACCCACCCUCAACCCUAUCUAUCUAUCUGUCUAUCUAUCUAUCAUCUCUCUCUCUCUCUCUCUCUCUCUCUCUGUGUCUACCUUCCAAUUCAGGAAAAUAUGUAAUGCAUCGAAUGAUGUGAACUCUAGUCUACAGAAGCUUAUGUUAUACUAAAUAUGUUAGUCUUUAAUGUGCCACAAAACUCUUGAAUCAUUUUAUUAUGGUCACUUGUCUAUGGCCUAUAGCAGGUAGCAGUAUUCGGAAUUAGCCAGGCACAUUUUGCACCUGGCUAUCAGCCACUUGCAACCAAGUGAAGGUGCCUGGGCGCCAGGAUGGCACCUGACAUCACCAUCUGACUGGCUGGUGGACAGUAGUGUUUGUUGGUUUUUUGUUGCCAUGCUAUGGCGCGAGUCAGAUUUUCGCUGGAGCUGAGAAUAUACACAAUUCAUUUUCAGCUUUGUGAUCUUGUUUUAAAAAAUAGAUGCGUCCAAACAUUCUGUUAGAGUGCCUGUAACCUAGCUUUAAGGGGCCAUAUGCCGAAGAGCUUUUAUAUCUCAGUUUCUAAUAGUGUCAGGUAGGGAACCUCAGGCCCAGGAGCCAAAUCAGCUGAAUGCCUGGCUUUAAGAGAGCGCUGCACAGCCAAAGGCCUGGCAGUCAGCUGGAAUCAGUUGUCCUUUAGGAAGUACCUGAUGCAACCACGUUCUCAAGAGACAGAGAGAAAAUUGCGGAAAUUUAAAAUGGAGAUUUUGUUCUUUCCAGGGAUACGAAGUGCUUUCUCUGCAGAGAGAGAAAUGUUCUACUUUUAGGAGCAUUUCCCCCUCUGCAGAGAUUCCAAAGGGGCUCCCUGUAGCUGAGAAUCAACUGAUCAUUGCUCACAGGGAGCCUCUGUGAAGGCAACCUCCUAGUGUUCGUGUCACUGAAAAGGCUUCUUCGAAGGAGGUUGCUGCAACCGAUGAUCAACCCACAAGAUGGUAUUGGCUACAGGUUGACAUAGCGUGUUGUGUGAAUCAGCUCAGUCAUGUGCAAUUGUUUUCUCAAACCUGCAGUUCCCUGAAAGAAGUGCUUUUUAACCCAGUAACAAUUUUACCGCAGGCCUCACUCAACAGACAGUGCCACACACAGAAAGAUGACUCUCUCGCUCGCAGACAGAUGUUCCAAGACACAAAAAAUUCGUAUUUUGCCCAUGGCUGGCCGUGAUCCAGAGUCCCAACGAACAGAAAUGAUUAAGGUAUAGUUUUGGGGUGGGGUAGCUGGAAUCAAAAUUUGCCUUCUAAGCCAUUAUUAAAUUUGUCCCUUAUAUGCAAAUCUUAAAAUAUUGUUUGUAUGCAUGACAGCAGCAUCUUUAGACUUACUGCCCUCAAUGCAGCAAGCCUCUUGCGCGGCAGGAGUCUGAAUUGCCAUAGAAAACAACCUUACCUACCUUGGCAUCUCUGUGGGUGGCCAGGGGGCUUUUUUGAGCCUGCAAACAGUUGAAAAGGGGAAGAAGAAAAGAACAAGAGGGGAGGAGCAGAAGAGAUAAGAGUAACUUCCUAUUUGCCAUAUCCUGCAAAACUCAGCAUUGGAAUCUGGCAAUCAGUCUUUAUAAACCAUUUUAUGGUAUCACCAGCACUGCUAGGUAAAAUGGGCAGUGCCUCGCUGCUAUGUUGCCAGUGGACUAAAACACAUUUCCCCCCCUAUUUGGUGAAAUAGUGGAGCUGAGUUGGGAGCCAUGUUAAUAUAAAAAGGUAAAGGAGCCCUGACAGUUAAGUCCAGUCGCAAAUGACUCUGGGGUUGUGGCGCUCAUCUCCCUUUACUGGCCAAGGGAGCCAACGUUUUGUUUUGCGAAACCAGAGCAGCGCAUGGGAACGCCGUUUACCUUCCUGCCAGAGCAGUACCUCUUUAUCUACUUGCACUUUGGCAUGCUUUUGAACUGCUAGGUUGGGUUAGGGUUAGGGACAGAGCAAUGGGAGCUCACCCCAUCGCGGGGAUUUGAACCGCUGACCUUCCGAUCGGUAAGCCCAAGGCACAGUGGUUUAGAUCACAGUGCCACCUGCAUCCCAUUCAAGUUAAUUUAGCCUGAAGCAAAACAAAAAACCUUACUUGGAUCCUUCUUGCUCCCUCUCUAACCUAUUGAUCAAGGUGUGUAAUCCAGGCCAGAGCAAGUCAUGAAACAGAGCACAUGAAACCUGUGCAACAUUGCUCUCUGCUGCAGCAUGUAGCAGAAAAAGAACCUGGAAUAAAAGUGGAACGAGACUUAACUGCUGCAAGAAUGCCAAAGCCUCAUUUGCAUUGGCAUUCCACCGGCUUCUGAAGAUGCACCUGUUUACACAGGCACCCCUACGAUCUUGACCUGUUUUAAUGUUUUGUUUAAUAGGGUUGUUUUAUUGGGUGUUUUAAUUAUGGAUGCUUCUAUUCUAAUAUUCGUGUAACUGGUGUACCUUGAAAACCACUUUGAAUUCUGCUUGGGCAAUAAGAGGGGUGUAAAUUAGUGAUGGGUGAUGUGCAGGGCAGUGCACAGUCUGAGCCCUGUUUUGAGAAAUCCUUGGCACACCCCUAUGUUGUUGCCAUUUCCCCCUGCAGAAAGAGGAGGAGAGGCUGCGAGCUUCCAUUCGCAGGGAGUCCCAGCAAAGGAGAAUGCGAGAGAAGCAGCACCAGCGGGGACUGAGCGCCAGCUACUUGGAGCCUGACCGCUACGAUGAAGAGGACGAAGGAGAAGAAGCCAUCAGCCUGGCAGCAAUUAAAAACAGAUAUAAAGGUGGAAUAAGAGGUAUGGUCGGCUUAGCGCGGAGUCUUGGAUUUAUCUGGUUUUAAGUCCAGGGAGCUGCUUCAGGCUUAUCACACAAAGGAAAAGUGGAGCAUUAAUACCUAAGAGGAGGAUGGCGGGAAAUCCUUUUGGAAAAUAAUAUGUGAUUAUUUUGUUUGUUUCGUUUUGCAAUGGCUAGUGAUGACAAGCAAAUAAAGAACGCUGAUAGUGCUUCAUGGAGGGAAAGGAUUGUCACUUCUAAGCGGCCAGUUUCUAAAUUACGGUCAGUUUUUCUAGAUUAGCUCUUGGAGAGAAAUGCAUAUACACUGUAUAUAUUUUUCCCUUUCAGAGGAGCGUGCGAGGAUUUAUUCUUCAGACAGCGAUGAGGGCUCAGAUGAAGAUAAAACACAGAGAUUACUGAAAGCGAAGAAACUCAACAGUGACGAGGUGAGAGAAAUGGUGAAGGCGGCUAUUUUGAGUGGCUCAGGUGUUUAUAAUAAUAAUAAUAAUUUUUAAAAAAAUAUUAUUUAUACCCCGCCCAUCUGGCUGGGUUUCCCCAGCCACUCUGGGCGGCUUCCAACAGAACACGAAAAUACAAUAACCUAUUAAACAUUAAAAGCUUCCCUAAACAGGGCUGCCUUCAGAUGUCUUCUAAAAGUUUGGUAAUCCACAGGGCGGGUGCCACUACCGAAAAGGCCCUCUGCCUGGUUCCUUGUAACUUGGCUUCUCGCAGCGAGGGAACCACCAGAAGGCCCUCGGCGCUGGACCUCAGUGUCCGGGCUGAACGAUGGAGGUGGAGACACUCCUUCAGGUAUACUGGACCAAGGCCGUUUAGGGCUUAAAGGUCAGCACCAACAUUUUUAAUUGUGCUCGGAAAUGUACUGGGAGCCAGUGUAGGUCUUUUAAGACCGGUGUUAUAUGGUCUCGGUGGCCGCUCCCAGUCACCAGUCUAGCUGCCGCAUUCUGGAUUAGUUGUAGUUUCUGGGUCACCUUCAAAGGUAGCCCCACAUAGAGCGCAUUGCAGUAGUCCAAAGCGGGAGAUAACUAGAGCAUGCACCACUCUGGCAAGACAGUCUGUGGGCAGGGAGGGUCUCAGCCUGCGUACCAGAUGGAGCGUAUAAACAGCUGCCCUGGACACAUAAUUGACCUGCGCCUCCAUGGACAGCUGUGAGUCCAGAAUGACUCCCAGGCUUACUAUAAUUGGUUUGAAGUAUAGACCACUCUGUACCUUGGGGUGGAGAACCAAGGGCCCUCCAGAGGUUGUUGGACUCCAGCUCCCAGAAUCCCCAGCUAUCAAGGCCAAAGGUCAGGGAUGGUGAUAUCCUACAACAUCUGUCUCUGCUGUACAUGUUAGUUUGAAAUGCCGAAGACUAGUCAAGCUCUCUUACCUUGGACUUCUUCUAUGACCUGAUGUUUCUUGAGACUUGUCAUACUCUUUUCUUUUCUUUUUACUGUUUUACCCAGAAUGCUCUGACUUUAAUGUCAUUUUAAAACCAGUGUAGUGCAGUGGUUUACAGUGUUGGACUGGAACUUGGGAGUCAGGGCUCAACUUCUUGAGGGUAAUGUACUGAGAUAAAAAGUUGCAUCACAAAGCCUGCUAGCAUCCUUCAGGCUCGCACAGAUUCUAGUCUGAAAACAUUGUUGUCUCUUAAGAUCGUAGCUGGAAAGCAUCUGUUUAAUGCUGUAAUUUUAGACGCCUGCAUGUUUUUACUUAAGUGGCUCAGUAUCCCGCAUGCCCAAAGAGGCUUUGGUCUUGUGUUUCAAAAGUGGUUGGUGACAUGGCAUUGAAGAAGAGAACCUCCAAUCAAAGAAAAGCCUUCUCCAAUCAAAGGGAUUCUACAAGUGGAAUUCUGUCUGGUGCCACAAAUUUCUCAUUUCUGUGAAAGACAACGAAACCAUGACUUCUGCUUACUUCCUGCCCCCCCCCCCCCAUUUUAAAAGCAAUUUAGUUUGCUAACAUUCAACUUCACCACAUGGUGGCGCUUAAGCAUUAAAAAAAGUAGUUAAGAGAGUAGCACAUCUGCAUGGACCACAAAUUAUGGGCUGCACAGACUUGUACUUUGGUAUGCAUCUCAUUGCAACCAUUUUCCUGCCCUUGCUCUCCAAAAAUGAUCCAGAGGACUGCUCUCUUUGCGCUAGUGAUGUUGGAGUUCAGCAGAACUCAGAAAGAGGUGGAGAAGUGAAUUAGGGUAGAAGUCCAAAAGAAGAAUUCUGUACUGCAUCGAGAUCAGUUGAUGUGCAUGGGGGGGGGGGGGACCUUGGCUGAAUUCAAUCUGUAGAAGUUCAUCAUUAUUUAGGAGGUCAGUCUUAUUACGGUCAGCAUUUUAUUUGUGCUUAGACCAGAGGUGGGAACUUUUGUGAGCCUGCAGGCCGCAAUUCUCUUCUGCACCACCUUCUGAGGGCCACAUGCUGGUGGUGGGUGGAGCCAGAGACAAAAGUGGGAGGGGCUAUGCAUGGGAAGUUUAUCUUGAAUGGUGGGCUAGUUUCUACACACACUCUCACACCCUGCACCUGAGAUUCCUCAUCCCUGACCCAGACCAAGCAGCCCUACAGGCAAGGAAGCAUUUUCGGCAUCCCCUCAAUUUGUCCCUCUUUUAAAAGCCUUUUUUUAUUGUGGUCAUAUCAUUUCACGACAUGGAUGCUCAGUUUGCAUGCAUGAAUUCAACUUUUGUCCAUGCCUUAUGAACUGUUUGCACUAUUUGUUUCAGCUUCUGAGUAGAUGGUUGAAUCAGCCGCCCUUGACCCAGGAGCCACUCCUGCUCCCCCCCUCAAAAAAAAUUCUAGCACCCCAGGCACUUCCCUGAAUCUGAACCCAUGUUGAAUGGGUGUCCUAGGUUCCAUUAUGUUAAGCUUUAUAGCGAAAAAUGAAUCAAGUAAUUGGGUUCAUUAAUAAAAAAGCAAGUAAUUUUCCAGUUGGUAGAAAGCUGUUGAAAUUCUACUUCACUGCGAGAGACACACACAUUAUGGAUUACUUCAUUAAAAUAACCACCAGCCUCUUUUGAAGCAUGUGUUGCAGAGGCUGACUUUGAAAUUCUCAAGGACUUCAUUUUGAUCUUUCAUUUGCACAAAACCUGGAUGUGUGUUAAUAGUCAGGGAGUAGAGGAUUGCAAUUAGCUUUCACCCAAAGUCCCAAAUCACCCAGUAGCACUUCUGGCUUCUUAUAGCUGAAGGAAAAAUAUUAAACUUGAAUGCAUUUGGGUCGGUUUUGUUUUUUUGCGGGUAGGUGGUGCCAUUUGCUGAAGUAUUUUGUACUAGGAUACAAGAUCUUCUCUGGGGGGAAAAAGAGAAAUCUUUAAGCUCCUCACUGUUAAUGCAUUCUGUCUUAAAUGGGAAGUGGUUUCAUUGUAAAUUAGAACAGGAUACUUACCUGAAAAUUAAGAGCAAAUGUCAGGGGUUCAGGGACAGAGGCACAGGGUAGGCAGGAGAUGGAGAGCGAUGGGGAUGAGUCCCAGGACAGCGAGGAAGAGGAUGACAAUGACUCAAGAGAUUCCAUGAGUCUUUCCAGCGAAUCAGAGGAUUCCCAGAAGGGGGGCACCGGUGGUCAAGGCCAGGGGAGCCCCAGGGGGGAACGUGUCAGGAGCAGGGGGCCAGCGGGGGAUCCCAAAGUGGCAGCUGGGCGUCAGGACCAGCCUCCCCGCCAGAGUGCAGCGAAGGGGGUGGAGGUUCCAGUGUAUCGGGGAAGCAGCUCCGGCAGCAGAGAAGGGAGGGAGGUCGGAGCAAGCCACCCUCCCGGAAGGGGAGGGGGUAGUGAAGGGAGUAGUGUAGCUGUCAAAAGGAAGGUUAGAGGUUGGGCGCGCGCGCCAAGUUCAAAUGUGGAGGCGCGCGGAAGUACAGGGAGCCCGGAGGAGGGGCCAGGUCCCAAAGCCCGCAGGAGGGGGGAAGAGCAAUCUGGGGAUUCCGCAUCAGAGGAAUCCAGGAGGGGCGAGACCCCAGCGGGCAGGAAGACCCUGCGGAAAAGGAAAGAGAGAAAGAGGUGGAGCAGCGCAAGCCUCUUAAACUGGUGCAGGGGAGGGACUGACUCAGAGGGGACUUCAGCGGUCUAAGCGUAACAGACGUAGGGCUGCGCGCCUCGGAUGUGAAGCAAACAAUGAACUGCAAUAAACACUUUUGUAUAUAAGAAGAGAUUGGCGUUGGUCUUUUGUGAGCUGAGACUUGAGGCAGCCCUGACAGCAAAUUAUAAUUAUCACAUUGUUUGCUUUCCCCCCAGAUUUUGCACACAGUCUAUGUUUUGGCAAAACAAACAAGAUGCAUUACCUUUUGCUAACAACAAGCAGUUAGCUGAGAUCUAGGCUGAAAUCAUAACUACUGUAAUAUGCCCAUCAGGAAGGGCCAGAGUCUCUGGGCGACGUAAGGCUGCCACUAAAAAGGGCAUCGCUGUGUUGAGUUCACACCUUCUGUGAUGUGUAGUGACACUCCUGUCUUGACAUCAUGGAACUAUGUGAAUUCCCACAACAAUGAAUGGUGCCUAGUUUGGGGGACUUGCAGUAGAUUUUAUGCAGGGAGCAUUCGGAUACUUGCUUCCUGUCCCUUCUUUGGAAGCCCCAACAAAGCUGCAAUCCUUAAACGCAUUAGGAUGCAUCCGGUGCUGCUGUACUAUUCACACGACAGACUUUGCUUGUGCAGUUGAUCUGCAGCCUCCUGGGCACCCUCAGAGUCUGCUCCAGAGGGUUGGGAAACCCUCCAAAGCAAAUUUGGGGGGAACACAGAUGCCAGCAACAAAUGGCUUGUAUCCAUCUGUCUUGAGAGGCAAUGGAAGAGUGUGCCAUGGUGGGGGGGGGUGUGUGUGUCAAACCACUGGAAGGUUACAGUGCCUGCUGUGACUGUAGAGAUGGGAGAGGCAUGUUUUGCUGCAGGUGGCGAUGUCCUGUUUCAUUGGGACAGCUGGACCAUGGCGUUUCUUCUCUCUGCGCUCCUCCCAGCAGUCAUUUUUCCUCUGGUCACCGCUAUGGAUUCAUGACCUGACUGUCUCCAGGCGCCUGCAAGGAAUUCCCACACGGCAGGGUUGAUUUUGCCAGCCUUCGUGUCAUGUUUGCAGACAUUUUCGUAAUGCAGAGUUGGCCUGCCAGUGGGCCUGUUGCCUGAAGCCAGUUCCCUGUGGAGCGCAUCCUCGGCGAUCCUGCCGUCUUCCGUUCUGUGCACAUGACCAAGCCAGUGUAGUCGUCUCUGAGACAAGUGUGUGAACAUGCUGGGAAUGUGGGCUGGUUUGAGAUUCUGUUGCUGUGUUAUGCCCAAAAUCUUCCUGGCACAGCACAUAUGGAAGGCCUUGAGUUGUCACUCCUGGUGGGUUUAGCUCUGGGGAAUUUAACUUUUGAGUAAACGUGAUUCGGGUACUGUUGAUGUGGCUGUUUUUUUCAGCUGUCCUCUGUCCUGUUUGCAUCUUUAGAUAGCCGAGCGUAAACAGUUGCAAGAUUCAUUCUUCCUUAGCCCAGCCUCUGUUUCCAUAGGCUCUUUUCCCUCUAAAUUGUAUUUCAAUCAAUUGUUUUUAUACCUGGUGUUAGCCUCCCUGAGCCCGUCUCGGCUGGGGAGGGCGGGGUAUAAAUUAUUAUUAUUAUUAUUAUUAUUAUUAUUAUUAUUAUUAUUAUUAGUUGCCUCUAUUAACCAAGGGGGGAGCAUUAAAUGCCUUUUUCUUAGUGCGUGGAUGAUCCAAAUUGCAGUUUUAGUCACUUAAACCUAGAGAAAUGCUCAUUUUGGCUUAAAAUCGAUCUGCUUUCCUGUAGGAGGGUGAGCCAUCUGGUAAAAGAAAAGCAGAAGACGAUGAGAAGGCAAGCAAGAAGCACAAGAAGUACGUGAUCAGUGAUGAGGAAGACGAGGACGAGGAUGCAUAAUGCAAGCCUGAAAGUCUACAAGACUCGUGUAAAUAUAUAUAAUGACUGCACUGUUCUUUUUGCAGCCAGGAUGUAAGUAAACCUAAUGAGGAUUUUUAUUUUAUUUUUACAAAAGAAACUUGCAUUCAGAUCUGUAGUCUUAAAAUGAAUAAAGAUUUUUGUUGGACCCUUUUAAA